AUGGUUAUGAAGAUUGGUACUUCCUUUGUGUUGUUCUUGUCAUUGCUUGCACACGUCGUAGACGCCACUAGCGUAUUUGAUAUCAGCAAAUAUGGGGCAAAGGGCGAUGGCAAAACAGAUAUCAGGCCGACCUUAAUGAAUGUUUGGAAGGAGGCAUGUGCAUCAACAACUCCAACAACCAUUCUGAUUCCAAAGACCAGUUAUGCAUUAAAUCAGAUAGAAUUUAAAGGCCCUUGCAAGGCUGCUAUCAAUUUUGAAUUCCAAGGGACAGUGAGAGCUUCCAGUGAUAUCAGCCACUUCGAGAACAAUAGUCCCGGCCUCCCCGGAUGGAUUACUUUUGCAUACAUCAACCAAUUGACAGUGUCAGGUGGUGGAACUUUCGAUGGCGUAGGAGCCCAAGCUUGGCUAAAAAAUAAUUGCCAAAAAACCAAAAAUUGCAUCGAACUUCCCGUUAGCCUGGUUUUCAAUUUUGUCGACAAUACAAGGAUCAGGGGCAUAACUUCUCUAAACAGCAAAGCUUUUCAUUUACAAAUUUUUGGUAGUAAUAAUGUAACAAUAGAACAUGUUACAAUCACUGCACCUGGAGAUAGUCCCAACACCGAUGGAAUCCACGUUGGACGGUCAGUGGGAGUGAAUAUCACAGAUACGACCAUAAGUACAGGUGAUGACUGCAUCUCCAUUGGUGAUGGCACCCAACAAAUUCAUAUCACAAAAGUAUCCUGCGGCCCUGGCCAUGGUCUCAGCGUGGGAAGUCUUGGAAGGUACGAAGGCGAAAAAGAAGUGGUGGGAAUCUUUGUUAAAAAUUGCACCCUCACCGAGACAACGAAUGGUGUAAGAAUAAAAACAUGGCCGGCCUCCCCGAAAGGCGCUGCCUCCGAUAUGCAUUUUGAGGAUAUUAUCAUGAACAAUGUUGCCAAUCCUGUUCUCAUUGAUCAAGAGUACUGCCCUUCUAAUCAGUGCACAAAACAGCAUCCGUCCCAGGUUAAGAUCAGCAAAGUUAGCUUCAAAAACAUAAGGGGAACUUCAUCAACUCAGGUUGCUGCCAAGCUUCUUUGUAGCAAAGGCUUGCCAUGUGAAAAUGUGGAGGUUGGCGACAUCAAUCUCACAUACAAGGGAGUCGGAGGCCCUGCCAUAGCCAACUUUACAAAUGUGAAGCCAACGUUUACAGGCAAACAGAAUCCACCUUUUCACGCUUGUUAA